CUGUACGCGCGCUAUAGACGCGAGAGAGAGAGACAGACACAGAGAGAGACAGAGAUCCGCAGAGCUGGAGAGAUCUUCCCACGACCGAACCGCUACAGGACCUGAGACCAGUGCAUUAGACACGCAACCCCCUGCUGUGGGUUCCCUCUGCUGUCCGGUAACCAGGCCGCCAUGCUGACCGUCUGAUUAGCCGUCUGUGCGCCUGUCUGGAGGAACUGACCGUUAUUCGGUGUACUGGGCCGUUAUUUAGUGGAUGUAUGUCGACGCCUCUCGGUAUGAAAUGUCUGAACUAACAACGAUGAGGAAUCUGCUGCUCGUGUUUCUCCUAACUGUCAUCUGCUUGAGACGCGAGGCGCUCUGCGGUUCUCCCAGUGUUCAGAUCGGGGGGCUGUUCCCACGCGGUGCUGAUCAGGAGUAUAGUGCGUUCCGGAUUGGAAUGGUCCAGUAUGGAACCCAGGACUUCCGCCUCACUCCUCACAUAGACAACCUGGAGGUUGCCAACAGCUUCGCUGUCACCAACUGCUUUUGUUCCCAGUUCUCCAGGGGUGUCUAUGCCAUCUUUGGUUUCUAUGACAAGAAGAGUGUGAACACCAUCACGUCUUUCUGUGAGACCCUCCACGUGUCCUUCAUCACACCGUCCUUCCCUGCUGAUGGACUCAAUCAGUUUGUCCUUCAGAUGAGACCCGACAUCAAGGGACCUCUGGUCAGCUUAGUGGAGUAUUACAAGUGGGACAAGUUCGCCUACCUCUAUGACAGUGACAGGGGUGAGUCUGCUACCAUCUAUUCAUACAGCGCAUUCAGAAAGUAUUCAUGA